CUCACCGCAUGGGGACCGCAGCCUGGCGGGACUGCUGUUACGUGGGGUCUGCACCUGCCGGCUGUUCCCGAGGCAGAGAGGAUGGCUGCGCUUAAUCAGAAGUCUAUCUUGGAUAUGAUUAAAGAGUUCAGAAGGAAUUGGCACACUCUUUGUAACUCUGAGAGAACUACUGUAUGUGGUGCAGACUCCAUGCUCCUGGCAUUGCAGCUUUCCAUGGCAGAGAACAACAAACAGCACAGUGGAGAAUUUACCGUUUCUCUGAGCGAUGUCUUAUUGACCUGGAAAUACUUCCUACAUGAGAAAUUGAACUUAUCAGUUGAAAAUAUGGAAGUGAUUGACCAUUAUGAGGACAUUAAGAGGACUUAUGAUGAUUUCUUAAAGAAGAGUAAUAUGCUAGAUCUGAUUGAUGUUUAUAACAAAUGUAUUUUGAUUUCUAGUUGUGAAAAUGCCAACAUAUCCCCUAGUCAACUACGGGAUUUUCUGUCUGGGAGACAGUAUGAAGUAGCUGAUGAAACUGAUCUUUAUGUACCAACAUCACCAGUGAGUAAACACAACCAGGACAAUGAAAAGGUGCAGUUAUUAGCAAGAAAAAUUAUCUACUCAUAUUUAAAUCUGCUGGUGAAUUUGAAGAAUGACCUGGCUCUGGCUCAUAUUCUCAAUAUUCCUGAUAGAGGACUUGGAAGAGAAGCCUUCACUGAUUUGAAACAUGCUGCUCAAGAGAAAAAGAUGUCUAUCUUUUUGGUGGCCACAUCAUUUAUUAGAACACUACAGCUUGGAGGGAAGGGAUAUGCACCAUCACCAUCUGAUCCUUUAAGGGCCCAUGUAAAAGGACUGUUUAAUUUCAUUAACUUCAUUGACAAAUUAGAUGAGAUUCUUGGAGAAGUACCAAAUCCAAGCAUUGCAGGGGGUCGGAUACUCUCAGUGAUAAAGAUGCAGCUGAUUAAAGGCCAGAACAGCAGGGAUCCUUUUUGUAAAGCAGUAGAGAAAGUUGCUCAGGAUUUGGAUUUGAGGAUUAAAAAUAUUAUCAAUUCUCAACAAGGAGAUGUAGCUGUUAGUACUACUGACAUCAGUCCUGCCCGGCCAAAGUCUUAUGCCAUAAACCAUGGGACUGCAUACUGUGGCAGAGAUACUGUGAAAACUUUACUAGUUCUUUUGGAUGAAGAAGCAGCCAGUAUGCCUACCAAAAACAAAGCAGAGCUUUUAUAUGAUGAUGAAAACACAGUUCAUAAUAAUGGAAUUUCUAUUCUUACACUUUUUAGAUCUCCCACACAAGUGAAUAAUUCAUCAAUGAAAUCCCUAAGAGAACGUAUCUGUAAGUCAACGCAAGAGAAAAAAAUUAAGAUGAAGCAAACCUUAAUUAGAUCUCAGUUUACUUGUACUUACAAAGAAGACUGCACAAUAAGCAAGGAUAAAUGGAAUGAUAUUAAGUCAGCAUCAAAGCCUUUGUCUAUCCUUCAUGUGGAAAAUGACCUCUCUGAAGGUGUAAAUUCAUCUGUUGGAAGGCCAACAAUUGGAACAAGUUCUGGAAAUGUUCAUCUGGACAGAAGUAAAAGUGAAAAAGUAGCAAGAAAACCAAGUAGUCAGACAGGAAGUAAAAGCUCAAAAAGGAAACAGGUGGACUUAGAUGAUAAAAAUAAUCUCUGUGAUAAUGAAAAUGAACCAGCGCAACAUAAAAAUGUUAAGAUACCCAAGACAUCAAACAAUUUCCAGAAUAAAUUGUGUGGCAAAAUAGUCGGAGUAGCAAAAAGUAACAAGUGUACAGCCAAGAAUAAAUUGAUUACUGGCCAGACAAAGUUAACUCAGUUUUUUAGACUAUGA